GCGGUUACCGAAGGCACAAUUUAAACCACAGUGUGCAACGUAUAAAGUUUCAAUUUUAAUUUAUUGGUCAUGGUCUUAAUGCAACGUUUCUUCUUCUGGUUUUCGAUGCGUUUGGGAGCAGUGAUUGUCGGAAUCUUAUCAUUGAUUCAAGCAGCAAUUUGGUUGAUGAUAUCGCUGAUUACAAUCAAGAAUCAAGAAGAUGUGCGCGACUUUCUCAACGAGAUCGUCGAGAGUCUAAAUAUCGAAAACAAACUCUUCCUUUCGUUUGCCGACGAUCCACACGUGCUGCUUAUUAUUUUAGCCGUCUUCUCCGCCAUUUAUCUCAUAUCGUGCGUUCUAAUAAUCGUCGGUUCUUUAAUGUGCAAAUACAAAAUGCUGUACCCGUUAGUGGUUGAUAUGAUUUACAUUAUCUUUAUGUUGGUGUUGACCGUAAUGUUGCUCAUCAACUUUAAGAAACGCGGAUUUGGUAUGGGCGCGCUUAUCGUCGCUAGUAAUUUGAGUGCGUUGGGAUUAAUUGUUCUAAUCUACAUGUGGGUAUGUGUGUUGAGCCUAGUACAGAUUAUAAACGAACUGCGUUGUGAAAUAGCAGAAAAUCGCAUCCUGCUGCACGACGGCUCCAGGCAAAUGAAGCGAAUGAUAGAUAUGCGUUACCAAGCACAGCCCAACAGCUACACUACUACUGAAUAAUUUGUAAUGACCGCAAAUGCACAAUAAUAUAAUAUAUUUUAUAAAAUAUCUGAAAGUUGUGUGUAAAUAAAACGUAUUUUCUUUUCUCAUUGGAAAUAAAAAUAUGUGUGUAAUGGUAAA